AUGGGUGAAUAUGGACCUUAUGUGGACUGGGGAGUUCUUCUCAGGGACCUCCUCAUCUUGCAAGUGGUACAGUUGGUGCUAGCUUACAAUUUUUCUAAUUGUAACUUCGAGGAGAUUUCAAAUAUGUAUUCUGAAGCAAUUUAUCCUGACCUGUUUGAAUAUUUGAAUGGGAGUCUGUUCGAACAAAACGAGGUCUGUGACAACUCGGUGAGUGAAGUUGUUGGCUGUGCUGGCUUUCCCCGGGGUGGCAGGCAACCGGGCAGGGAGCUGGGGAAGACCACCCAGAAGACAGAUUGUCUCAUGAAAAUCGAGUACCUUACUCUCAAUCCUAUCCCGGGCUGCCCGUCACUCCCCCGGGAAAUAUUCGCCUUGCAUACGAAAGCGACCCUCAUUAGUCAAUGCCCAGGCUACUCAGAAACUCAGAGAAACAAUGCUCAGGAAAUGAAGCUAGAAGUCAAAGACAUCUGCCUGAAUCAAACCUCACAAAUACAGUUCUUGUGGCAUUCCCUUCUUCAAACUCUAAAAUACUAA